AUGCCCUCUUGGGCCCUCUUCAUGGUCACCUCCUGCCUCCUCUUGGCCCCUCCAAACCAGGCACAAGUCACCAGCCAAGAUGUCUUCUUGCUGGCCUUGGGCACAGAGCCCCUGAACUGCUUCUCCCAAACAUUUGAGGACCUCACUUGCUUCUGGGAUGAGGAAGAGGCAACACCCAGUGGGACAUACCAGCUGCUGUAUGCCUACCCAGGAGAGAAGCCUCGUGCGUGUCCCCUGCAUUCCCAGAGUGUGCCCACCUUUGGAAUACGAUACGUGUGCCAGUUUCCAGCCCAGGAUGAAGUGCGCCUCUUCUUUCCGCUGCACCUCUGGCUGAAGAAUGUGUUCCUCAACCAGACUUUGACCCAGCGGGUGCUCUUUGUGGAUAGUGUAGGCCUGCCAGCUCCCCCCAGUAUCAUCAAGGCUAGGGGUGGGAGCCAACCAGGGGAACUUCAGAUCCACUGGAAGGCCCCUGCUCCUGAAAUCAGUGAUUUCCUGAGGCAUGAACUCCGCUAUGGCCCCACGGACCCCAGCAACUCCACUGGUCCCUCAGUCAUGCAGCUGCUCUCCACAGAAACCUGCUGCCCCACUUUGUGGAUGCUGAAUCCGGUUCCUGUUCAUGGCCAACCUCCAUGCGUCCAGCCUACAGUGCCCCAACAGCAUGGACCGAUAAGGACCUCCCCAACUGGAGAAGCUCCGUCUCUGACAGUGAAGGGUGGAAGCUGUCUCAUCUCAGGGCUCCAGCCUGGCAACUCCUACUGGCUCCAGCUACGCAGUCAACCGGAUGGGGUCUCCCUUCGCGGCUCCUGGGGCCCCUGGUCCUUUCCUGUGACUGUGGACCUUCCAGGAGAUGCAGUGGCAAUUGGACUUCAGUGUUUUACCUUGGAUCUAAAGAAGGUUAUCUGCCAGUGGCAGCAUCAAGACCACACUAGCUCCCAAGGCUUCUUCCACCACAGUAGAACACGGUGCUGCCCCACGGACAGGGAUCCUACCUGGGAGAAAUGUGAAGAGGAAGAGGAAACAGAUCCAGGAUCACAGCCUGCUCUGUUCUCCCGCUGCCAUUUCAAGUCACAAAAUGACAGUGUUAUUCACAUCCUUGUAGAGGUGACCACAGCCCAAGGUGACAUUCACAGCUACCUGGGCUCACCUUUCUGGAUCCACCAGGCUGUGCUCCUCCCCACCCCGAGUCUGCGCUGGAGAGAGGUCUCAAGUGGGAGGCUGGAAUUGGAGUGGCAGCACCAGUCAUCCUGGGCAGCGCAAGAGACCUCCUACCAGCUCCGAUACACAGGCGAAGGCCAUGAGGACUGGAAGGUGCUGGAGCCGUCUCUCGGAGCCCGGGGAGGGACCCUGGAGCUGCGCCCCCGAGCUCGCUACAGCUUACAGUUGCGUGCCAGGCUCAACGGUCCCACCUAUCAAGGCCCCUGGAGCGCCUGGUCUCCUCCAGCUAGAGUGGACACGGGAUCAGAGACUGCUUGGAUCUCCUUGGUGACCGCUCUGCUCCUGGUGCUGUGCCUCAGUGUCCUCCUGGGUCUGCUGCUGCUGAAGUGGCAGUUUCCUGCGCACUACAGAAGACUGAGGCAUGCUGUGUGGCCCUCCCUUCCAGACCUACACCGGGUCCUAGGCCAGUACCUUAGAGACACUGCAGCCCUAAGUCCUCCUAAGGCCACAGUUACCGAUACCUGUGAAGAAGUGGAACCCAGCCUCCUGGAAAUCCUACCUAAGUCCUCAGAGAGGACUCCUUUGCCCCUGUGUUCCUCCCAGCCUCAGAUGGACUACCGAGGAUUGCAACCUAGCCUGAGGACCAUGCCCCUGUCUGUGUGUCCACCCAUGGCUGAGUCGGGGUCUUGCUGCACUACUCACAUCGCCAACCACUCCUACCUACCCCUAAGCUAUUGGCAGCAACCCUGAAAGCAGUUCCCUUGCUACCAUAGAUA